GUGUAAGACAGAUUGACCGAGUUGACUUGCAUGUGAAUCACUUAGUACGUACUGUACAGCUAGCAUUAUUAUAGUACUGUGGUUUGCAGACUUGGACAUAUCCAUUUUCACACAGAACAUUCUGACCCAUAUUGUCUCCUUCGUAUUUCAAAUUGUUUGAGCCUUGAGGCCACUUUGUCAUGUCCUAAAAAAACUAGGUUUUUGAUUCUUAAUUUUGAAAAGCAAAGGCUCACACGGAGACAACACACCCUUCCUUCCAAGUCUUUAUAUACAUGUAUAUGUAUAUAUGUCAGCCUAUCUGCAGCAAAGCUCUCUCAUCAUAGUCUGGGCUUCUUCCUUCAUAAGUCCAACCAGGAGAAGACAGAGAUGGGGGUGGACGUACAGGGCAAGCUCCGGCGAGCUCUUGGCUCAGUGAAGGACCAUGCUUCCAUUGGCAAGGCCAUGAUAUACCAUCAUGAUGGCUUUUCUGACUUAGAGGUGGCGGUGGUGCGAGCAACCGGCCAUGAUGACAGCCCCAUUGAUGACAAAUACAUGCAUGAGAUCCUCUUCCUUGUCUCUAACUCUCCGUCCUCAAUAACUUUUCUUGCUGAAAGAAUCUCUCGCCGCCUUGGAAAGACCAGAGACCGCCUGGUGGCCCUCAAGACUCUCGUGCUGAUUCAUCGCCUUCUGCGUGGAGGCAAUCGCUGCUUUGAGCAACAGCUGCGCGGUGCCCAUGUUUCAGGGCAUCUCCGGAUGACUACUGGGUGGUUCCUGAUGAGUAAUACCGAGCCUUCAGUUUGUUUCCUACACAGGUAUGCUGCUUAUCUACAAGAAAGAAUGGGCUGGGUCAUUAACCAAGCUGGAAAGCUUGAACCUGUCAUGUCACAAGCCUUGGAGUUGCAGUUCUAUGAGGAGAAGUUAAUCCAUACCGUGUUGCGUAGAUUGCCCAGAUGUCAAAUCCUUCUGGAUAGGGUCUUGGAUUGCUCACCCUCUGAGAUUUCGCCUUCAGACAGCUUGGCUCAAGUGGCCAUGAGCAACACCCUGAAAGAAAGCUUCCAAGUUUACAUGGCUUUUUGUGAAGGGGUUGCAGCUCUGGUAAAUAUGUUUUUUGAAUUGACGAGACCGGUGAGAGCUCUAGCCUGCAACAUACUAAGGAGAGCUUCUCAGCAGAGCCAGGAGCUUCAUGAUCUGUAUGAACAUUGCAAAACAAUAAUUGGGAAUAAGAACUUGGAGUACCCAUCGGUCCAAAUCAUAUCAAUCGAUCAUGUUCUGGCAUUGGAACAACUCUUAAGCUUUACACCAACUCCAUAUGGUUCUGUACUGACCACCAAAGCAGCUGGCUCUAAGCCGCCUGCUAUUUUGGAUUACCUUACAAGGUCAACCAAGAUGCAGUCGACAAAGACAGGAACAGAAGGCCAAGGCGAGAAAGAUGACCACACAAGUGAGAGUACUUUAUCACCGACUCUUUUUUCUUGCACGCUAGAGACCAAGAUAAGUAAAGUAUGGGUGGUGUUUGAUGAAGAAGAGUCUGCUGAAUCACAGGUCUCUAUUGAGAGACUCUUCAUCAAAGGUACUGUCAGUAAUCUCUCUCAAUGAUUUAGAACCCUUGUAGUUCUUUUAACCCAUUCACUGCAUCUGUGGAUACAAGCAUGGUUUCAAAGGUAUUAGAUUGGAUUUAACAAUUUGGGGUUUAUAAUAUGAGUAUACUUAGCACUAUGCUACUUCCAAAUUUCUUACUCCUUGUAAAUUACAUCUGGGAUGUAAGCUCAUGAUGUAUGUUAUGAGAAAGAGAGUUUUUGUGUGUAAAUGUAUGAUCAAAGAAGAUAUGUGAUCAUGGGGCAAUCUUGCAGCUAGUGGGGUUUGUGUUAUUUUCACUCAUGCAAAUAAUAAUAAGAAAUGAAGAAAAA